CGGUGUUCCCCAGUUUCCCAGUGAUAAAACCCGGCAGCUGAGCUCCGAUUGCUUCAGACUGUCCGACUAUAAAAAAGAAAAAGAAAAAUAUUCCAUCCCUCACUUAAGCAUCUUCAUUGCUCACUCUUGAAUCCAAAUUAGGGUUUAGCUCUCCUGCGAUCUCAUACCCAAAAACCGAAGAAAAUGUCAGUCCAGGAGUACCUGGAUAAUCACCUUCUCUCCCGCAAAAUCGAAGACGCUGUCAAUGCCGCCGUCCGCGCCAAAGCUCCCGAUCCCGUCCUCUUCAUCUCGAAUCAUAUGAAGAAGGCGAUUCCGUCAGUGAUAACCAAGGUCAAAGCUCGGCAGAUCCUCGAUAGCAGAGGAAUUCCUACUGUUGAAGUUGAUCUUCAUACUAACAAAGGAGUCUUCCGAGCUUCAGCUCCCAGCUCCGAUCUUACUGGAGUUGGUGAAACUAGGUAUGAGGCUGUGGAGUUGCGAGACGGGGACAAGAAAACGUAUCUUGGAAACAGUGUGACUAAAGCUGUUAAGAAUGUGAAUGAGAAGAUAUCGGAAGCUUUGGUUGGGAUGGAUCCUACGCUUCAAUCGCAGAUUGAUCAGGCAAUGAUAGACUUGGAUAAGACAGAGAAGAGGGGUGAACUUGGUGUAAAUGCCAUAUUGGCUGUGUCGAUGGCAGCUUGCAAAGCUGGGGCUGCUCAGAAGGAGGUUCCACUGUACAAACAUAUUGCUGACCUUUCUGGAAGAAACACCCUCACCCUGCCUGUUCCUGCUUUCACUGUUAUAAGUGGAGGAAAGCGUGCUGGGAAUAGUCUGGCCAUUCAGGAAAUCAUGAUCCUCCCAAUUGGAGCUAACAGGUUUGAGGAGGCACUGCAAAUGGGAUCAGAAACAUAUCAUCACUUGAAGGCUGUUAUCAUAGAGAAGUAUGGCUCACAUGGCUGUAAUGUUGGUGAAGACGGUGGUUUUGCUCCCAACAUCUCCAGUUUUAAAGAAGGCUUGGAUCUUGUAAAAGAAGCUAUCAGCAGAACAGGCUAUAAUGACCAGAUAAAAAUAGCAAUUGAUGUUGCUGCCACGAACUUCUGCAUGGGUACCAAGUAUGACCUGGACUACAAAUCACCGAAUAAGUCAGGGCAAAACUUUAAGACGGCAGAUGAUAUGAUUAAGUUGUAUACAGAACUUUGUACUGAGUACCCAAUUGUAUCAAUUGAAGAUCCGUUUGAUAAAGAGGACUGGGAACACACCAAACGCUUUUUUAAACUUGAAAUUUGUCAGGUAGUUGGAAAUGACUUGUUAAUGUCAAAUUCAGAACGUAUGAAGAAAGCAAUAGAGGAAUCUACAUGUGAUGCUCUUCUUCUGAAGAUUAACCAGAUUGGGACAGUGACUGAGGCCAUUAAAGUGGUCAAACUGGCAAAGGAUGCCCACUGGGGAGUGGUGGCAUCUCAUAGAUGUGGUGAAACUGAAGAGUCCUUCAUAGCCGAUUUCUCUGUUGGUCUCUCUACUGGUCAGAUCAAAGCUGGUGCUCCGUGCAGAGGCGAGCGACUGGCCAAGUAUAACCAGUUGCUUCGAAUUGAGGAAGAGCUUGGGGAUGAUGCAUUUUACGCUGGUGAAGAGUGGAGGGAAUCACCCUGAUUUCGUCAGGUUUCCUCAGAACUUCCUUAUCCUGACUUCCUCUCUUAGAGCUGAAGAAUUGUUCACUUGCCACAAAUUCCAGGAUGUGGCCCGCUCAUCAUCGUUCUUCUGCUUCGUUUGUUUUCAUCCCGUGUUAUUCUACUUCUAUAGAGAAUAGAGAGUAUCAAAGGAGUUUGUAAUUAGAUGCGCACAAAGUUUUUGUCUUUUAGACAAGGGCUGGUGAAUUUUCACACAAAUUGGAGAAAUAGAAUGUGAACCCUUUUUUGAGUAGAUCAUAUCAACUCCUGUCAUGCAUGUAACAAUGUGAUUUCUGUUGUUUGAAAGUCCUCAACAAAUAUGUAUAAACCCUAAACUGUAUAACGUAAUAUCAUGAGGUCAGGUUGCUUCACUGCUUUUCAGUUAAAUCGGAGGGGGUGUUCGAACCCGUUAACUAG